AUGGCGGACAGACAACGAACGCCGCCACGCGCGACCCGCUCUGCGGGCCAGCUUCCGCCUAAUCCUCCCACGCCUGAGCAGAUUCGAAAGAUGGAGAUAGCCCGCCUCAAAGCGAAAGCUGCUGCACAACAAGCUCAAGAAAGAUCCGCACCAGCGCCAGUCGCAGGAGCAAAGCGUCCCAUAUCCGCCAUCUCAGCAUCGAAUGCGCCCACGCAGCUACGCAAUGCCGCUGCUGCAUCACCCCAAAAGCGAGACCAGAAUGGCAUGAUACAGCCUCCGUCGAACGACUAUAUACAGCCGGCGAAGAAAUACGCGAGGUCGGAAUUCAUCGAUUAUGACUUCAGCAAGAUGACGGACACGAAGGGUGGCUUCUUGAGCACAGUAGACGAUCCGCAUAAUAAGGCCAUGUGGAAAGGCAUGCCCAAGGAAGAACAAAAGCCAGAGGGCAUGACCAUCACAGACUGGGAGCGUGAACGUAUACGGCGGAAGCUACGCGCAAAUCGAGCAGGACCGUUCGAGCCUGGUAUCUCUAUUUUGAACACUGUAAAUGGCAAAGAAGAAGAGGACGAAGAGGCCGCGCUCCUCGAAGCCGCGGAGAACGCCGAAGUCGAAAACGGAACAUUCAAGGGCAAGUACGGCGACGGAAAGCGCGAUGUCAAAGGCAAAUGUCGAGAAUGCAACAGUCUCGAAAUCGACUGGAAGUGGCAAGACAUAUUCGGCAUCAGCGUAUGCAAUGCCUGCAAGGACAAGAUACCGGACAAAUACUCGCUCUUGACCAAGACCGAAGCUCGGGACGACUAUCUCCUCACGGACCCCGAACUCAAAGACGAAGAUCUUCUACCCCAUCUCGAACGCCCGAACCCGCAUAAACAGUCAUUCCACGCCAUGCAACUGUUCCUACGCUUGCAAGUCGAAGCCUACGCUCUCGGCCCGAAGAAAUGGGGCUCGGCCGAAGCGCUGGACGAGGAAUACGAGAAGCGCAGGGAAACGAGUAAGGCGCGCAAGGAGAAGAAAUUCAAGAAUAAGCUCAAUGAUUUGAAGAAACGGACGAGAGUUGAGGCGUAUAAACGAGCACGGUUGGGUGGUGGUGCGGACGCGGCGUUUGGACAGAAGAUCAAGGGCCGGUAUGAUAAGCAUGAGCAUGAGUGGGGUAGGAGCGUGCUGGAUCCUGAGACGGGCAUGACGAGGAAGAGGUGUGAUGAGUGCGGGAUGGAGGUUGAGGAGCUGGAACUCUGA